AUGAGGAAUGAAGUUUCUGACAAGGACGAGUUUUUAAGCCUAUUUUUCACUUUUAUUCAGCAAGACCUGCUUGACGAAAGUGGAGGAACCGAUCUUGACCCCAUCUUGUCGCAUCUUGCUGCAUUUUGUCAUUGGUCGGCGAAAGAGAAAGAUGUGUUAAGGGGAAGUCUUGGUGCAUUCGCGAAGUUCUUAGUAGACAAUUUCUUCUUGCCGUUGAAAGCAUCUGCAGUUAAAACACCUCAACCUACACCCGCUCCUUCUCACUGUGAAACCGCUAUUGGUACCCUACAACGAUUGUCAACUUUGCGACGAGAUUGCCUUCGCCGGGAUCGCCAUCGAUGUGUCAUUACUCGGAAGUUCGAUGCUCAGGAAGCCGAGAGUCGAUACGAGAAGGAUGGACGCAAUUUGAAAGAUGAUGAUGGGAAAUCAUUGCUUCCAGAGUGUGAUACAAUCGCGUAUCUGGAAGUAGCGCACAUAAUAACUCAUUCUCUGAUGUCACUCACUGGUAUCGAAGCGGACAAUACCCAGGCAUACUCAAACCAAACAGUUCAUAGAAUCCUAAAGAUGUUCAACCCCAGCGCUAUCGACCUAAUAAAUGGCGUCGGUGCUGACCGACCGAUGAACGCCCUGACCCUAACUCGUGACCUUCACACGUAA